CCCAUGUUUUAUUUCUCCCGCUCUCUCUUUCUCUCGUGUCAGUGAAAAUGGCAAGCUCUCAGUGCUGUGAAAAUCCUCACACGUUGAGCUCUACAUGCGGUCAGGGGUGCGUAGAAGACGUCGGUGGCCUCAAGGCCUACAUCACCGGCCAUUCCGAUUCCAAGCUUGCUGUUCUCCUCGCUUCCGAUGUUUUCGGAUAUGAAGCACCAAACUUGAGGAAGCUCGCAGACAAAAUUGCAGCGGCUGGGUUCUAUGUGGUGGUCCCUGACUUCUUCUACGGGGAACCAUACGAAACCAAUAAUCCUAAUAGACCCGUUUUGGAGUGGUUAAAAGAUCAUGGAACGGAUAAAGGAACUGAAGCUGCAAAAGCAGUUGUUGCAGCUUUAAAAAGUAAAGGAAUAUCUGCAAUUGGGGCUGUAGGCUUUUGCUGGGGUGCAAAGGUAGUUGUGGAAUUAGGGAAGCACAGUCUCAUCAAUGCAGCAGUGCUUUGUCAUCCUGCCUUGGUCACUGUUGAUGAUAUUAAAGAGGUUAAAACUCACAUUGCCAUACUUCUUGCCGAGAUUGAUGAAAGUAAUACUCCACCAGAGCUGGUGAAACAGUAUGAGGAGGCUUUAUCUGUGAAAGCUGAGGUGGGUGCUUUCAUGAAGAUCUUCCCAGGGACAGAACAUGGAUGGACAGUGAGGUAUGAUGUUGACGAUGAACCAGCUGUGAAGAAGGCGGAAGAAUCGCAUCAGCACAUGUUGGACUGGUUCACAAAAUAUGUCAAGUAAGAGAUGAUACUCCACAUCAUAUGAUUAAGAACAACAUUUGAUACGAUAGCUCUAGCAUGAGUUGUGUGUAUAAUCUGCUUCUGUCUGUAUUAUUAGUGGGACUUGGUGAGUGAUUCUGAUGAGUCUUUGGACGCCGUAGUCAAGGUGUUUGUCAGGUUUGGAUAUUACUUUACAAAUAUCUAUUAUAAAUCAUAAAUCA